CCGCCCGGCGCAGCCUCCCCGGCCUCCCCGCCGCCGCUCCAGCCCGGGCCGGCCAUGGCGCUCAACAAUUUCCUUUUCGCGCAGUGCGCCUGCUACUUCCUGGCCUUCCUGUUCAGCUUCGUGGUGGUGGUGCCGCUGUCCGAAAACGGCCACGACUUCCGCGGCCGCUGCCUCCUCUUCACCGAGGGCAUGUGGCUGAGCGCCAACCUCACGGUGCAGGAGCGCGAGCGCUUCACAGUGCAGGAGUGGGGCCCGCCGGCCGCCUGCCGUUUCAGCCUGCUCGCCAGCCUCCUGUCGCUGCUGCUGGCCGCCGCGCACGCCUGGCGCACGCUCUUCUUCCUCUGCAAGGGACACGAGGGCUCCUUCUUCUUCGCCUUCCUGAACCUCCUGGUCAGCGCUUUCGUGGUCUUCCUGGUCUUCAUUGCCAGCACCAUCGUGAGUGUGGGCUUCACCAUGUGGUGUGAUGCCAUCACGGAGAAGGGCACCGUGCCCCACAGCUGUGAAGAGCUCCAGGACAUCAACUUGGAGCUGGGCGUGGACAACUCUGCCUUCUAUGAUCAGUUUGCGAUUGCCCAGUUUGGCCUCUGGGCCUCGUGGCUGGCCUGGCUGGCCGUCACCACGCUGGCCUUCCUGAAGGUGUACCACAACUCCCGCCAGGAGGACCUGCUGGACAGCCUGAUCCACGAGAAGGAGCUGCUGCUGGCCCGGCCGUCCCCACGCACCUCCUUCCAAGAGGAGAAGAGCGCUGUCAUUUAGACACAGUGCGGGCGGGCGGCGGGGGGAGCGGUCCCGGACCUCCCUGCUGCGCUCUGGGGCACAGGGCUUGCCUGGGGAAGCAGCUGGGGGGCUCUGCCUGGGCCCUGGUCUCAUGCAGCCCUGUGUGUGUCCCCUCGAACUAUGUGUAGUGAGGUGAGCGUCCCAGUGCCCACUCGUGAGCCCGGCGGUGGACUGGGUGGUUGCCGGCUCCCUGGUGAGGAUGGCGCAGAGAGACUGUGGGGGCGCCGCCAGGCCCCGUGCCUGUCCCAUAGGACCUGACUGGCUAGCCUGGCUGGAGGGCGUCCAGCUGGUCUCCAGCCCCAGCCCUAUGCUGUCUCCACACCAGCUGGCCCAGGGGUAGCCAGACGUCACUCACCCCUGAAUGAAUUCUGCAUGAACUCUGCCAUCCAGGCAGAGGCUGCGUGUGGGCAGGGGCUCACGGCACCUGCCAGCCUUGCCCUGGGUUGGCCCCUCCCUGGCUGAGUCCCCCUCUUGGGUGGGUGCCACAGGCCUGGCAGACCCAUGCCCUGCCUCAGGGAGGCUUCUGAGGCCCUGUGAGUUGGCCUUACUGUGUGUGGGUCCUCUGUGCUAGGCUGGGGGAUGGGGAGGCAGGAACUUGGGCUCCACGAAGUGGGGGGCAUCAUCUGGCUGGGGGUUUGGGGGGCACACGUGCUACACAGGAUGGCGCCAGGAGCCACGGCAGGGGGCUGUGUGGGUGAGUGUGCAUGGGAGGGUGGGAUUCUGUGAGUGCCUCUGUGCAUGGGAGGGUACAAUGGUGUGAAUAUGUGAGUGAUGAGAGAGUGUGACUGAGUGUGCAUGGGAGGUGUGAGGGUGUGACUGCAUGUGAGGGUGU